AUUUCGGUCAAACUUCAAACGACAUCAAAUAUCAAAUUGAAAUAAAUAUUAAUUUAAUUCCUAUCAACUAGUAUCAGUGGUCGAGUUUAGUUUGGACUUUGAAAGUGGAACUGAACUGCUCAAAAAAUUUAGAUAACAUUACAUAAAACAAUGGCUUCCACUUCGUUAGAUGUCCCAGUUGAGAUUCCGGCUAUUAGAGAAGAUAUGGUUCAAACGGCCAUAAAAUUUCUAGAAAAUCCUAAUGUAAUGAAUACGCCUCUCGCUCAAAAACAAAAAUUUCUCCAAAGGAAAGGCUUAACAGAUCAAGAAAUCCAAAUGGCAUGCGAAAAAUCGGGAGCCUACGCUCUUCACGAGCAACAGAUCCGUCUUCCGCCUCCUUUACCCAGUAAUAAAUUAAUUCAAUACCAUUCACAAAGUCAAAUGCACUUAAGUGUAUUUGAUAGAGUAAGGGAAAUUCUACACAAUAUUGCAAUAUUCAGUAUCGUCGCCUACGUUAUUAAUAAAUUCUACGAGCGUUACAUUGCUCCGUUCUUAUUCGGCAAAAAGAAAAAGUCAGUUAACGAAACCAUCGAAGAAUUAGAUAAAAAUGUCAAAUCGUCAGUAGGAGAAUUAAAAGAAGAUUUACAUAAUGUUAAAGUCGAAAUCGAUAGAAUAACUCACGAGUCCGAGAACCACACAUCGAGGCAACUAAUAGAAUUAAAAUCGGAAAUUGCCAGCGUGAAAGGACUCCUUUUAGGAAGGAAACAAUUUCCGUCUGUAGCUAGUAGCCCAGUGGUCCCACCAUCGAUCCCCGCAUGGCAAAUGUCCAGCGUUCCAUCCAAUGAUGAGCAAGAUGGAGACGUCGAAGAACGGAAAGAAGAUCUAUUAGAAGAAUUAGGUUCCGGAUCAGGCUCUUCGGAGCCCGAGCACGGCAUGAAAACCAGUGAAUCCAGUUUAGAAAUAAUUUAUUCGUCUAGAGAUUGUGAUUCGGAAUCUUGCCAUAGCAGGAAGAGCUAGUUAGCGAAUUUUUUAUAUUUUACAUAUAUUAUAGAUUAGUUACCUUAUAUAAUUUUUAAUGAUAUAUUUAUUAAAAAAGGGAUCGCUUUACGAACGACCAAAUAAUUUUUUAAAAG